CUCAGCGCCAAUGUCCCGAGUUAUGCCAGGUGGUCGUGAGACUUAUAAACGACCAGCACCAUAUUCAUGGGAAGAUAUAACUGGAGAUCCCAAUGCCAAGAGGUCACGUUUUGAAACAAGAGGUGCACCUGUCAGGGGUCAAGGUCAGGCUGCAGACUGGAGGUAUGGCAUGAUUGAUGCUGCUGAUAGGCCAAGGACAUUGUUUGUCUUCAACCUGAUGCCCGAAUAUGACAGCAUCUGACCUGUUCCAGUACUUCGUCAAGUUUGGGGACUUGAUGAAGUUUGAUGUGUUCAAUAACGAUGAAGGAAAGUGUACAGGAACAGGCAUUGUGCAGUUUGUCAACGAAGAGGAUGCUGUGGCUGCUCUCGCUGCUCAACCACACUUCAUCCAUAAGAAGCAGAUUAUUAUCUCGCGUGACCGGGAAGAUGAUCCAAAAACAAAUGUAGAUGUUAAAAAGUCCUUAGAGACGCACAAGUUGUUUGUGACUGACAUACCUCUUGAUGUGUCUGAGGAGGACCUGUGCGAGUACUUCUCCCAGUGGGGAAACAUUUCCUUCUGUGAUGUAACAGGAAAAGCUAAGUGGACCAGACACGUCUUAGUUUCCUACACCAAUUAUGCAGAUGCCAUAAAAUGUCUGAAGACGCCCCACAAUUACGGACAAAGUGUGAUUAACGUAUCUGUGGCAACUCACUGCAAGGCUCUAAGGGAUCAUGAUCAUAAAAGAGGAGGAAAUAAAGCUGGAGAAUAUGCGAUACUGAAGCGGAAGAACAGCCUGUUCGUGAGCAAUAUACCCGAUGAUGUUAUUCCCGAAGAACUUACAGAGCACUUCUCCAUGUUGGGGGAAAUCGUCUCGUGCAAACUCGGUGGCAAACUUAGACAGAACAAUAACUUUGGCUUCGUUCGCUUCAAAGAACGAGAUGAUGCUCUGAAAGCUGUGAUAAUGCCCCACACACUGAAAAACCAGAGGAUUUUUGUACAUGUGUCAGAGAGGAAGAGCAGCUAUUUGCUGAAAGCUUCUAAAGAUCCAGACAUAAUGUCAGCUAUUAAAGAGAAAGCCCAGAGCUGUUAUCUUUAUGUGCCCGAUAUGAAUGCAUCGACCACCGAAGAUCAGCUGUACGAGCACUUCAAGACGUAUGGAGGCCUGGCUAGCUGUAUGAUCAUAUCGAAUGCCGCACAUCCGCAUUCUGCCCAUUUAGCCUAUGCGAACGAAGCUGAUGCUGCACGUUGCUUUCAUGACGAUAAUCACUUUGUGAAUAAUGAGAAAUUGACUGUUCUUUGGUCUGACUGGACUAAAUGGGGUGGAGAAGAUAGAAGAGGUUUACCUGCCAGAGCAGCCAGUCCUCCCAGACAGGACAGCCAUGCUGGUCCUCCCAAACACAGCAGACGUGCCGGUCCUCCCAAACACAGCAGACGUGCCGGUCAUCCCAAACACAGCAGACGUGCCGGUCGUUCCAGACACAAGAGACGUGGUAAUCAUCCCAGGUUUGACAGACGUGGCAAUCCUCCCAGACACACUGGUCCCGACAGAGAUGAUGGUCUCGACUAUCCUCAAUGUGAAGCUGAAUUUGAAUUUGAUGAUGGUUGUGUAUCUUCCUGGAACUGCUGAGAACAUCACUGACGGUGGUUGCAGAACAACCUGGCUUACAACAUUUCAAGUGAACUCUGUCCCUUUUUUGUGCUCUUAACCCUAAACUUGUGACCUAGAUGGAUUAAGUGUCUAUCCCCCAUUGAAUUUGGAAUGAACUGGAUGUUAACCUGUACGUUUGCCAUUUUGCAAUGAGGGAACCAUGUCUACAUUCUUUAUAUAUAGGCACAGUGAUAGAAAUAAUUGUUUGAAUAAGUUUUACUGAAUUCAACUAAUAUAAUUUGAGUUCACUCAAAUUAGUUAUUAGUUAUUAAAAAUCAAGUUCACUCAAAACAAAUUGGUGCCUCGAAAUUAGUGAGUUUGAACUCAGUCUGGCAAACGCUCAUGUGCCCCAAAUGAGACUAUGGUUGAGACUUUGUUUCAAGUCAUGGACCUCUUUAAUUUUGAUCCUUGAUUUACAAAUGCCAUAUCCACUGGAAUCUGAUCUGUUAUGGUGUGAUUGAAAUACUUUUCAAACUCCAGUGCACCUUCUUUCUUCUUUUUUUAAUCUAGUCUUUUAGUGAAGAUUCUGGUUGCUAACACAAGUGGGUGUACUCAAAGGUAGACAACUCUGACUGCCUCAUUAAAUGUGAAGUUAUCUCCCUUAGGACAGUCCGAAAAUCAUAUUUCCAAAGGCUGGAAAACAGUUGUUACAUUGCAAGUAUUCGACCAUUCUUUUUUUUUACAUGCUGCUUUCAACACACGAAGAAAUAGUUUUGCAUGUUUGUGUUGUCAUGUGUUUCCUUUUAGACUGUAAUAAUUCUAUGAGCCUCGUCAUAUGUUGAAAUGUUUUGUUGUAUUAAAUGAUUGCUGCCUUCAUGGCUGCUAAAAUUGAAUCUGCAUUUUUGAGAGCUGAAAAAAGGAAGUACCCAUUCAUGUCUCCUUUUCCACCUCUCAGGAUGUAGAGUAUUACUUCAGUGCACACUCUUCCGUCUUUCAGUCAAGAUUAUGGUUGCUAACACAAGUGGGUGUACUAAAGGUAGACAACUCUGAUUGUCUCAUUAAAUGGGAAUUUAUCUCCCUUAGGACAGUCCCCAAAAUUGUAUGUCCAAAGGCUGGAAAGGAGUUGCUGUAUUGCAAGUGUUUUGAGUGAUUGUGACCAUUCUUUUUCUUUUACAUGCUGCUUUCAACACACAAAGGAAUAGUACUGCAUUUUUGUGUUGUCAUGUGUUUCCUUACAGACUGUAAACAUGCUAUGAACCUCGUCGUAUGUUGAAAUGUUUUGUUGUUUUAAAUGAUUGCUGCCUUCUUGGUUGUUAUUAUUGAAUCUGGUGGGGUUUUUUGAAAGCUGGAAACCUUUCUCUUUGUUGAUUUUCAAGAUUUUAACAACUAGGUCUGUGGACAUUCUGGAGAAAUGUGAAAGCAUAAAUACUCAGUUUCUUUUGAGGAUUUUGUUUAUUGAAAGAAAACUAAAACAGCUUACGUUUUGUGCAUUGUUUUGGCUUCCAUGAUCUAGUUAAUGAGGCUUCUGUCUGGAGAGCAGUUUUAGUUUCUUUUAAAACUGAACAGACAAAUUUCUUACACUGUUAUUUAUUCAUAUUGAUAUGCAACAACCUGGGAAGGAGUAAGCGUGGGGGGUUUGUUCUGUGUGUUAAGUGUAUUCUGUAAUCUCCCCUGGAGAUCUCUGUUCUGGAUGUCCGAUAUACUGAAUGAGAUGAGAAUUCUGCAUAUAUAUAUUUAGUGGGAAGACUAUAAAAAGGAUGAUGUGUUCAUUCUUCUUUUUUAUGUCAACAUUUGUUUACAUGGAUCAAUAAGAUGUAUUCUUCUGCACCCAAAUAAAAUGUUUGGAAAUUCAAA